CAAGCUCGACACGACAGCGGAAGGAAUAAGGAAUGAGCGAUGGCAUAUGGGCCAGGUCGACCAAAGAGUACCAAAGCAUCCGAUAUUGCUUCGAACAGUGAGAUGCCUCUCUGUUUCACAGGGUCCCACAUUUUUGGUUGAUCCUGCAGCAUAGCAGCAUAGCAGCAAAAGAAGAAGAAGCGCAGCAAAGGAAGUGAUCCACCCAAGAAGUAGUGAUCCCCUGAAUAAAAGGUUGGCGGCUUCCUUGUAUGGCUCACAAAUAAUCCAGCGAGCAACAACAGAAACAUCCAUCAUGUACAAGUCUAGUAACACAUGCAGAGCCACCAACAUGUGGCGUGUCAAGAAGUCUUCUGCCGCGCAAAACAAUUCUCCACAGCGGCAUCGACCAGUAGAGACAAAGGAAGUUCGUGCUGUCAGACACGACGAGGACACCGAAGCAGCACUCAAAGACACCCAGAGCCAGAUUCUAGCGGUUGCUAGCUACGUACAUCAGCAAUGCCGAGAACAAGUAGUUCAGCAGAAAGAAUCCGAAGCACUGACAGUGCCAUGCUGGUCCAUCAUUCAACAACUCAUGGAGACUGUCAGCCAGCAAACACGGAACGUGGCUACCAACAACGAAGAGUCCGUCUUGUUGUCACUGCUCAAGGACACCAAGAAGAUUGCCGCGAUGGUCAAGCGCAUGGUCAAACUCCAUCCAGUGGUACUGUUCAUUGAGAUCUCCACCGUGCUUCAAGACCUCAUCAACGCCAUGGACGACAUUUACUUGACUCUGCUGCAGAUGAUCACUACGUCAACAUCAUCACAACAAGGUGUCAAGACGUGGAAGCAACAGCAGUCUCAAUUGGAAUUUCUCCAAGAGCGCGCCAAAUUUGACAAGGCCCGUCUAGUCCAUCCCACCACACCGCUCCCUCCCAUGCUGCAAAGUCAUCUCGAUGCCGGAGCCAAAGAGCUGAUACGAGUGCUGCAACGGCACAAGCGAAAACUCUUCCAAAAGGCUGUCGAUGAAACCAAAGACGAGACCAAACGAGAACGAGCCAAACAGUCGCUCGAGUACAUGGGGCAUUUGAUGACAAAACUCGCCGAUGCGCCACUGACACAGGAACAUCAGGAUAGUAUGUUGGAUACAUCCUCCUACACCGCCAUGACACUGGAUGGAGAUGCUUCCUACACAACCUGGGAUGCCUCGACAGUCUGCACGCAGAUAGCAAAAAUGCCAAAGUGGGCUAUUUGUCCCGUGUCCAAGCAAGUCAUGGUGGACCCGGUCACCGUCCGAGCAUGCUGCAGGCAUACGCUUUCCCAAAAAGUCUUUUCGGAAUGGAUUGGUAUGGGAAACAAGAACUGUCCCAUUUGUGGAUGUCGGCUCCAGAGUCUGUUGGCCAAGGUCAAUACGCAAUUGAAGUUGCAAAUUGCCGAAAAGAUGGAGGAUGAAGUCAGGUCGUUGGCGUCCGCAAAUCAAAGCAACCCAAAGACGGAGUUGGAUUCCAGCCUGCCACCGACCUUUGGAAACCCUGGCAAGGCGUCAUUGUUGGAAGAUGAACUGGAUCCCAGUGCACAUCCAUCCAAUUAUGAGAAUAUGCUUCUCUUCUUCAAUAACAAUGGGAAUGACAAAGGGGUCAAUGACCUGGAUGUAUCUUUGUCCACUAUCGGGUGUUCGGGGGUGGAUUUACGUGAUGCUAGCUUGGGGCAAGACAGCUCGAGUGGCAAUCAUUUUCGUCGUCAACCAUCCUUUCAUGAAGAAGAGGAGGAAAUGGAUGAGUAUCAAGUACCAAUCAAGGAUGACUCUGCUGGACGUGAUGCCAACAUGUCACAGUCACUGGACCAAAUGUUUCACAGCGCGCUCAACCGGCAAACUACCACGGAUACUCAACUUACAGAGGUUGCAGACAAUCGCGCUUUUUCAAGUUCAGUAGGAAAGAACAAAGCCAUCGUCCAAAAGGCAAAACUGGAGCCACUGGAUCGCCCAAUUAUUGAGGUGACGGCUACCCACACUUUGGACGACUCCAGUAGCAGGGCACAUCGCAAACAAGCAUGGAAGGCAGCUGCAAAAGUCAAGCAGCAGCAACAUGAUGAUGAUGCCAUCCUGACAAACACAAACAAGCCCACCAAGAGAAGCAACGGUCGACAAACACGCAGCCUGAGUCCUGUGCGGACAAGCACCAGCACCCAGCAGACAGAGGCUUCUUAUUUGAUGGUUGAUCGCAGCAGCAACCAGCAAAAGAGCAAGACAAAGAACCCUGUCAAGAAGCUCUUCAAGAUGCUCAAAGGAGGCAACGUGAAGAAUAAGGAAAGGGAAGAAAAGACGUUUCGAGUCUCUGCGAACAAGCAAGACCAGAAGAACGCAUUGAAAAUGUCGACAACUUCGACAACGUCACCGGCGCCCGUGGUAGCAGGCAAGGUAACUGUCCAGGUGAUGAAUGCGUCAGCGGCUACGGCCAUGACCGCAUCUAUGAAUAGCAACAUGACUGAGUAUACCCGACGGGAUGAUAGAUAUGACCAGAUUGCUAGUCAAUGUGUCAGCAACAACUCCACCUUGCCCUCGGGUAGCGGUCACUCAAUGACAAUCACAGGCAGGGGCAGGUCUCCUCCACGGUGCAAGGACGAGCCACCACCACUGGUGCCAAUGAACGUUGACGCGAACAGCUUCUAAAGAUUGUGCAUACGGACAGAAGAUAGCAACUGAUGGCUGUGGAAGCCUUCAGUGAUUGCAUUUACUGUACCCAGAAUAAAGGAUAAUGCACAGCUCUUUUGAAGACAUCAUGA